AUGCGAACAUUUGAAGCAUGGAGAAGCAAUCGAAACAAGGAUGCUCCACAAGAAGAGCAGGUACCCACAGACAUUCUCUCAACGAAGGAUUCACAACUUUUGCAAGAGUGGCUAAUAUGCUUCCUACUGGAGGCGAGGAAGACCAACGGUGACAAGUAUCCUCCAAAAACUCUUGUACAAUUGGUGUGUGGGCUACAACGUGUACUUCGAGCUCAGCACAGAAGCGAUUCGUUUAAUUUUUUCGACAAGGCAGACCAUCGUUUUGAAGGUUUGCGCAAUGCUCUUGAUAAAGUCUGUCGAGAAUUACGUCAAGAAGGACUAGGAACGAACCGCAAGGGUUCCAGUGUAUUCACUGCUGAAGAAGAAGACAGUCUAUGGAAGAAGGGAGUAAUUGGCUUAGACACACCUGUAAAACUACUGAGGGCAGUAUUCUUUUAUAAUGGGAUAAACUUUGCUCUUCGAGGUGGUGCGGAGCACAGAAGCCUCAAAUGGAGUCAGGUGACUAGAUGCAGCCAAACCACAGACGGAUUGUCAAAAGUCUGUUACAUUUAUGUUGAGCACGGAUCCAAAAAUCAUAGUGGUGGACUACGUGAUUUACGGCAUCCAAACAAAAAAGUCACAAGGUAAAUUAUAGUCAAGCUCCAACGUGUUUCUGUAAGGUAAUAGCAUUUUGUGGUU